CAUGCAGUCAUCAGUUGUGCCAUAGCCGCGAGCCAAAGGGUUUUCUCGUGAAAAUAGUAAUUUAGUUUUAUUUUUUCUCAAUUUUGUGGUUUAAAAUGAUGUGGGAAUUUCUAAUCCUUAGUGUUCUAUCACUAUAUUUUUUCUAUCGUCGGGCAACGGCAAAUUUUGACUUCUUCGAAAAACGUGGUAUACCGUACGAUAAACCAUUUCCUGUAUUUGGUAGUUUAAAAAAUGUAACGUUGCGUAAAAGAUCUUUUUUGCAUGCCGUACUUGAUCUUUAUAAUAAACAUAAAGGAGGCAUAUAUGGCAUAUUUAUGCAAUCUACACCGGCAUAUCUCAUACGCGAUCCGGAAAUUCUGCGACUAAUAACGGUGAAGGAAUUCGAACACUUUAUGAAUCAUCGCAAUAUUUUCGGUGAAAGCGCACACGAUCUAUUUAGUAAUUCCAUAAUCUCGAUGAAGAACGCCAAAUGGAAGGAUAUGCGUAGUACAUUAAGUCCAGCUUUUACUGGCAGUAAACUCCGCCAUAUGUUUCAGUUGAUGAAUCAUGUGGCUGAUGAUAGUGCGAAAUAUUUGCACAAAUUACAAUUGGAAGGAGAUCAAGAAGGCGUUGAGUUAGACUUAAAAAACUAUGCAACAUGUUUUACAAAUGAUGUCAUCGCUUCUACGGCAUUUGGAUUGCAAGUGAAUUCUUUCGAGCAGAAGGAUAACACAUUUUAUAAGUUAGGCAAGAAAGCAACAACAGUAACAUGGAAAACUACUUUAAGAUUUACUCUCUUCAUAUACUGUAGAGGUUUGAUGAAGUUGCUAGGCAUCGAAAUCUUUGACAAAAGUCUCACGGAUUACUUUCGGAAUCUCGUACUCGAUGCAAUGAAAUACCGUCUGGAGCACAAUGUCCGUCGCCCUGACAUGGUGAAUUUACUACUCGAAGCCCGCGGCCUCUUACCAUCCGACUCACCCAAGUCACACAAUCGCGAAUGGACUGAUACCGAAAUGAUUGCGCAAUGUUUCAUUUUCUUUUUCGCUGGCUUCGAAACCGUGGCGACGCUGAUUUGCUUUGCAGCACACGAACUAAUGGAAAAUCCGGAGGUGCAAGAAAAGCUAUAUGAAGAGGUUAAAGACGUUAGCGAACAACUUGAAAGUGAACAGGUAACCUAUGAAACAUUACAAAGCAUGAAGUAUUUGGAUAUGGUAGUGAGCGAAACAUUAAGGAAAUGGCCAGUCAGCAUUAGUAGUGAUCGGGUAUGCACGAAAGACUUUACAUUCGAAGUUGAUGGGAAACGUAUAGAGAUAAAGGAAGGUGAAUUCGUUUUCAUACCCAUUGCCGGACUCCAUCGUGAUCCACAGUAUUACCCAAAUCCAGAAAAAUUCGAUCCCGCGCGUUUCAGCACAGAGAACAAGGACAAAAUUAAACCAUUUACUUACAUACCCUUUAAUGAGGGACCACGCAGUUGUAUUGCCUCACGCUUCGCACUAUUGGAAGCAAAGGCAAUAUUAUACUAUUUAAUUCGAGAUUUUCGAAUUGCCGCCUCCAAGAAGACAGUAAUACCAUUGGAGUUGAGCACCAAUGGAGGGUUUCAGCUUGCACCGAAACAUGGUUUUUGGCUCAAGCUUAUAUCCAGAAAUAAAAAAUGAAGCAUUUGUUCUGUUUGUCAAUAUCUUUUAUACAUAUGUACAUACAUACUCAUAUAUGACAAACUCCAGUUAAGCGACUAAUCAUUUGCUUCUUCCCAAGAUAGUCAGCAAUUGGUGCAUAACCAACACAUGAUUUUUAAUAAAUAUAUAAAGAUUAGUUUUAGAUCAUUGAAUCACUUGUAGUUUCUCUCCGUGCCACAAUUUAUUUAUUAAUGGUUUUUCUUCAGAUUGUUCGGCAUUUCAUCAUGGAAAAAUUUACACCUGAACAAUGUUACAACUUUAUUACGAAAGUUCACGUUCUGUAAAGAAUAUGUUUCGUGCGCUUCACUUAACUUAAGGUCCACAUAAUCGGUCUCCUGAACGUACUAUACGCAACACCAUCACUCAUUUUGAGACGCGUUGAGCAAAAAAUAAGCGGUCGUAGCUGAGAGUGUAAACGAAGACCGUGAUGAGUCGAUUCGGCGCCGUUCGCAGCAUCUCGGACUGACUUGUGGAAUGCCUUGGCAAAUAUACGAUGAGAUCUUAACUUGAAAGCGUACAAAAUACAGCUUACAGCAAUAUCGCUUCGCUCUAUUGGCUCUUGAAAAGUUCCAUGAAGAUCCGAUGUCUUCGAGCCAAAUUUUGUUCACCAAUUAAGUUAAUUUCUGGCUUAUUCGGUGUGUAAACAACCAAAAUUGCCACAUUUAGGACAAAAAGCUAACUGAAGAGAUUCAAGAGCUGCCAUUUCUUCCAGAAAAACCAAUGGUUUGGUGUGGUUUGUGAGCCUGUGAAAUCAUAGGUGCGUAUAUUUCUUCAAAAAUGAUGCCGGUGAGAACGUAAUCAUCAAUGGCGACCGUUAUCGCGCUUUGAUACGACUACUCCGGUGCUGGAAAUUGAAGCACGUGGUUUCGGCGGAAUUUGGUUUCAACAAGACGGUGCCGCUUCUCGCCCAUCGCAUCAAUCAAUGGAUUUAUUGAGAGAAAUCUUUGGUGAGCAGAUAAUUUAACGUUUUGGUAGAGUCAAUUGACCACCAAGAACCUGUGAAAUCACACCGUUAGACUUUUUCCUGUGCGGAUAUGUAAAGUCUAAAGUUUAUGCAGGCAAUCCCGCUUCGAUUCAGGCCUUGGAGCAGUUCACACAUGUCAUGCGCGAGUUACAAGUCGAAAUGAUCGAACAAUCAUCGAAAAUUGGAUUCAACAGAUAGACCAUCUGGGUCGUAGACGCGACCAUUAUUUGAAGUAGAUAAUCUUCACAAAAUAAAUGCCAAAGAAUGUUCUUUUGAUUGAUAUUAACAUUCCCCUUAAAUUUGAAUCUUUUUUUAAAGAAAGGAACUCCGAAAUAUAUCACCCUUUGUAUACAAUAUAAAGGAGUCUUCGCAACAGAUCACUCGCCUCAAUUAAAGUCGAAUAAAUAGAGCAUUAAUUAACGGCGGGGUUUUGAAGUAAUGAACGUUUAGCGAAAAAGAUAUGUGUAUAUAUGUAAUCAACAUAGCCCAGCAGCAAAAAAUGUGAGGCCUUGGAAGUGAAAAGGUAAAGUGGGGAAUGUUUCUAUGAUGCGUGAAUUCCUCGCGAUACUAAAAAUCAAACCAUAAUACAAAAAUUGAAAUUAUAGACCCAGACAGAAAAUUAAAUUAAUUUUUUUACACGAAAUUUGCUGGAUUAACAUGAGGAACACUUUUUCUUCCGGAAAGUGAACUUGGAAUCGGUCUAUUCAGACAUUUUCAUGAGCCAAUAUGUGGAAACUAUUGUUCGGAGCAGUGGAUCAGUGAUCGAACUGUUUGAAAAAAUCGGGGUUUUGGUUCGAAUAAACCUAACAAAAAAUCUUAGUAGAACCAUCUUCAAAUUUCAGGCGAACAAAGUCGCUGGCGAACGCUUGUACCAAAUAAAAUGCAGAAAUCAUUUUUUUUUUGAAAAUAA